CUCGGGACCCAGUGGCUUGCUAUCGCCUGGGUUGCUCCCGAGCACGCCCCCGCCCGCCGCGUCACGUGACACCGCCACGGAACCUGAGGUGCGGGCCCUAAGCCGAGCUAAAGUCGUUGCUGGCGGCCGAGGCGGGUGCAACCCCAGAGGCAGAACCGAAGACGAGUUGGGGAGGCCCGGGGAAGUCGAUACUACCUCUUCCCGGUCAGGUCGGCUCCCUGUCCCUUCCCACCAUUCGCCGCUCGCGUCUCUUUAAGCGUUUGCAUGCGCUCUCUCGCGUGGGCAGGCCGGGGUGACCAUGUAGCGGGAAAGCCCGAGGAAGCACGGGUGCCUGGGACGAGCUCAGCGCUGACGGCACGCCGCUCCGGCGUCCCCUGCAUCCCUCGCUGCGGCCUGCGGGGUCCUGCUGGGAACCCCGGCCUCUCGAGGAGGCCUGGCCCCGAGCGCCGCCAAGUCUCGCCGCGUCUCGCGAGAGUCCAAGUUGAGAACAUGGCGACGUCUAAUCUGUUAAAGAAUAAAGGUUCUCUCCAGUUUGAAGACAAGUGGGAUUUCAUGCGUCCAAUUGUUUUGAAGCUUUUACGCCAGGAAUCUGUAACAAAGCAGCAGUGGUUUGAUCUGUUUUCGGAUGUACAUGCUGUCUGUCUCUGGGAUGAUAAAGGCUCAUCAAAAAUUCAUCAGGCUUUAAAAGAAGAUAUUCUUGAAUUUAUUAAGCAAGCACAGGCACGCGUACUGAGCCAUCAAGAUGACACAGCUUUGCUAAAGGCAUAUAUUGUUGAAUGGCGAAAAUUCUUCACCCAGUGCGAUAUUUUACCAAAACCUUUUUGUCAACUAGAGGUGACUUUAUUGGGUAAACAAAGCAGCAAUAAAAAAUCAAAUAUGGAAGACAGUAUUGUUCGAAAGCUCAUGCUUGAUACGUGGAAUGAGUCGAUUUUUUCAAAUAUAAAGAACAGACUCCAGGAUAGUGCAAUGAAGCUGGUGCAUGCUGAGAGAUUAGGGGAAGCUUUUGAUUCCCAGCUGGUCAUAGGAGUGCGAGAGUCCUAUGUUAAUCUUUGUUCUAAUCCUGAGGACAAGCUUCAGAUCUAUAGGGAUAAUUUUGAGAAGGCAUAUUUGGACUCAACAGAGAGAUUUUAUAGAACUCAGGCACCCUCAUAUUUACAGCAAAAUGGUGUACAGAAUUACAUGAAAUAUGCAGAUGCUAAAUUAAAAGAAGAAGAAAAAAGAGCACUCCGAUACUUAGAAACAAGACGAGAAUGUAACUCUGUUGAAGCACUCAUGGAAUGCUGUGUGAACGCACUGGUGACCUCAUUUAAAGAGACUAUUUUAGCAGAAUGUCAAGGCAUGAUCAAGCGAAAUGAAACUGAAAAGUUACAUUUGAUGUUUUCAUUGAUGGACAAAGUUCCUAAUGGGAUCGAGCCCAUGUUGAAGGAUCUGGAGGAGCACAUCAUAAGUGCUGGUCUAGCAGACAUGGUGGCAGCUGCUGAAACCAUCACUACUGACUCUGAGAAGUAUGUGGAACAAUUACUUACACUGUUCAAUAGAUUCAGUAAACUGGUCAAAGAAGCUUUUCAGGAUGAUCCUCGUUUCCUUACUGCAAGAGAUAAGGCAUAUAAAGCAGUUGUUAAUGAUGCUACCAUAUUUAAACUUGAAUUGCCUUUGAAGCAAAAAGGAGUGGGGUUGAAAACUCAGCCUGAGUCAAAGUGCCCUGAGUUGCUUGCUAAUUACUGUGACAUGUUAUUAAGGAAAACACCAUUAAGCAAAAAGCUAACCUCUGAAGAGAUUGAAGCAAAGCUUAAAGAAGUGCUCUUGGUACUUAAAUAUGUACAAAACAAAGAUGUUUUUAUGAGAUAUCACAAAGCUCAUCUUACCCGACGUCUCAUAUUGGACAUCUCUGCUGAUAGCGAGAUUGAAGAAAACAUGGUGGAGUGGCUAAGAGAAGUUGGUAUGCCAGCAGAUUAUGUGAACAAACUUGCUAGAAUGUUUCAGGACAUAAAAGUAUCUGAAGACUUGAACCAAGCUUUUAAAGAAAUGCAUAAAAAUAAUAAGUUGGCAUUACCAGCUGAUUCAGUUAAUAUAAAGAUUUUGAAUGCUGGUGCUUGGUCUAGAAGCUCUGAGAAAGUCUUUGUCUCACUUCCUACUGAACUGGAGGAUUUGAUACCUGAAGUAGAAGAAUUUUACAAAAAAAAUCAUAGUGGUAGAAAAUUACAUUGGCACCAUCUCAUGUCAAAUGGAAUUAUAACAUUUAAAAACGAAGUAGGUCAGUAUGAUUUGGAAGUAACCACGUUUCAGUUGGCUGUGUUGUUUGCAUGGAACCAAAGACCUAGAGAGAAAAUCAGCUUUGAGAAUCUAAAACUUGCAACGGAACUCCCUGAUGCUGAACUUAGAAGGACUUUAUGGUCUUUAGUAGCUUUUCCCAAGCUCAAACGGCAAGUUUUAUUGUAUGACCCUCAAGUCAACUCACCCAAAGAUUUUACAGAAGGCACCCUCUUCUCAGUCAACCAGGACUUUAGUUUAAUAAAAAAUGCAAAAGUACAGAAAAGGGGAAAAAUCAAUUUGAUUGGACGCUUGCAGCUCACUACAGAACGAAUGAGAGAAGAAGAAAAUGAAGGAAUAGUUCAACUAAGAAUAUUAAGAACCCAGGAAGCCAUCAUACAAAUAAUGAAAAUGAGGAAGAAAAUUAGCAAUGCUCAGCUGCAGACUGAAUUAGUAGAAAUUUUGAAAAACAUGUUCUUACCACAGAAGAAAAUGAUAAAAGAGCAAAUCGAAUGGCUGAUCGAGCACAAGUACAUCAGAAGGGAUGAGGCCGACAUCAACACCUUCAUAUACAUGGCGUAGCUGAAUCCAGCCUGCCGCAGCCACACAUCUGGAGACCUGGGCAGAAGGUUGUCCCAGGCUGAGCUGGAGGAAGGUUUAUUUGGACUUUGAUUACAUAAAUAUUAAACUCUGCCUUACCUUA